UCCUUAACGCAAAAACUCAGAGGAGAUUAAUUUUAAAACCCUUGUUCAUGAGCUAAACUAUCCUGCCUGAUUUGGUUGUUCCCUUCUUUACUCACAUCUGAUUUUAAUUGGCAGGUGAUUAGCAGGCUUCAGCAGGGUUUAAGGACAAGCUGUUGGACUUCUCAUUCUUAUGAACCUGGUAACUAAUAUGGGGCGCAACUGAUAUCUUUGAUUUCCUGACCACUGUGCUGCUCCCAAUACAAAAACACCCUGGAUGAAGAGCCAUACCAACUCUGAAACCGGUUGUGCCUGCAUGUGACAGCAUCAACACAUCAACAACGUGCAGUAGGGGUUCAGUCAUGUGACAUGCGCACUCGGCCCUGGUUUGGAGUUUGUUAUGACAAGUCGAGGCCUCGGUGUAAAUUAGUAUCACAGCCCCCUGUCUCUGCCCCGGGCUUAUCCGUCAUGGAGGGCAUGGACCUGGACCUGGACCUGGACCAGGAGCUCAUGCAGAAAUUCAGCUGCAUGGGAACAACAGACAAAGACAUUUUAAUAUCGGAAUUUCAGAGGCUCCUGGGGUUUCAGCUGAAUCCCGCCGGAUGCGCCUUCUUCUUGGACAUGACCAACUGGAAUUUGCAGGCUGCCAUAGGAGCUUACUAUGACUUUGAAAGCCCAAACUUCAGUGCACCUUGCAUGUCCUUUGUGAAGGAUGUGACGAUUGGUGAGGGUGAAUCCGUUCCACCUGACACACCAUUCACAAAAACCUGGAGGAUACAGAAUACUGGUCCAGAGUCCUGGCCUCCUGGAGUUUCUCUGAAGUAUGUGGGAGGUGAUCAGUUUGGCCAUGUGAACAUGGUGAUGGUGCGCUCUCUAGAUCCCCAGGAAAUGACUGAUGUCAGUGUGCAGAUGCACAGCCCCGUUUCUCCUGGCAUGUACCAGGGUCAGUGGAGAAUGUGCACAGCUACAGGACUUUACUACGGAGAUGUCAUUUGGGUGAUUCUGAGCGUAGAAGUCGGAGGCCUCCUCGGAGUCACGCAGCAACUUUCCUCUUUCCAAGCCGAGUUCAACACCCAGCCUCACCGCAGCCUGGAAGGAGACUAUAACCCGUUUGCCUCGCCACAGAAGAGCAAGUGCCCCAACAGUAACAACAACCACGUCCACAGUGACAGCAGCAGUAGUGUCACAGAGGAACAUUUGCAGGGAAGCCCACACCCGCUGCAGCAAGGCCAGAAUGGACUUUCACACGGCUCUGUGGAUAUAGUAGCAAACCGUCUACAAAGCAGUCUAUCAGUAGUUCCGUGUAACCAGAUACAAGAGCCCUCUCCUUUUGGGCACUCUUAAUCAUGGGACUUAUCACUGUAUGGCAGCACUAAGUUGUACCUCUGGAAUUUCUCACACCAAUAAACCAGGAGGCUUUACUGUGGAGUGUGGAGGUCAAAACACUUUAUGCAAAGUCCAAUUACACUUAAAAACAAACAAAAAAAACCGCCGGAAGCCGACGCUCCUGAUGUGCAGCUGAACCAACAUCCCACUGUAUGCACGUGUGAAUGCUAAGUUAAAAAAUAUGAGUGCUAUGAGACUUGACUGAUAAGCUUUUUUUUUUUUAUCUUUUACUUUUACAAUUUCUUUCUUUCUUUUUUUUCUUCCUUAGUUGAUAAGGAUGCAUAUGGGCAGAGCUGGAAGUAGUGGUUGUUUGAGAGAUUUUUUUUUGUGUGGGUGUGUGUGUGUGUGUGUGUGAAGAUGUGUGUGCAUUGUGCAACCUGAAAAGAGACUUCAGAGUUAAAGCCAUUAAUUUUUGCCAACUGAUUCUACAGUUUCUGCUUCUCUUAGUUUGUUUUCUUGAAUUUUGGACCCUCUGGCCUAUAUAGCACUAAGGUCGAUUGUAAAGGCUACCCUGAAAUGCAGGUUUAGGGUUUUAGAUGUACAUGACUCUUAGAAUAUUGACAUUUUUUCUACCCUGUCACACUGCAUGCAGUGUAAACAGCUGAACACAUUUUUUGUGUUUAGUCAGGUUGGUGGCCAUUACUACUUAGACAAAUCUAGAUUUGGCAAAAUUGAGUUGAAUCAAGUUCACUCGCAUAUCCACGGAAUCAAUACUGUUAGCAACUUGCAUCAAAUACAAUAUUAUUCUAUAAAUUUAUUGUUGCUUUAUCCAGUCAUUGUGUGAGUUGGUAUUAGGUUUAGUUUAAGUCUUGAAAACUUUCAUUUCAUUUUCUCCAGAAGGAGCCAACCUGCAUCAUCCACCAAGCUUUAAAUUGGUCCUGAAGUCACAAAAGCAGGCACAAAAAGGGAGCAUUUUUGCUGUUAACAACUCAUCUCUGAAGUUGACGUUUUUUUCUUUAGAGUUUUCAGACUAAGUUACUUUUGAGUAUAUCUAAUUAUGCCUCACAAAUCAGCGUUUUCAUUUACAAACACAACAUUGUAACUCAAUUAGUGCACAUCAUGCUGCAAGACUCAAAACUCAAGCCAUAUUGACAUCAAUAAAUACUUUCUAUUGACAUUACGCCACAUCAUACAAAAUCAAAGAGUUUGGUUCAGCCUGUAUUAGACAUAACAUUUAGGUUGAAUGUAUUUGUGAAUGUAGAUAAAAAUUACAACUUUGACAAUGUUUUCUAUUACCCAAAGACUCUGGAUUAUGUUUGAACUAAACUGACAGUUUGACUUUGUGUACUUUCUUUCCCUGUCUUUUGUCUGACAAAAUGUUUUGAAAGUUAUGUAUUAACAUGUACUGAAGUAAUUAGAGAUGCACCAAUAAAUUAGCCACAGAUUGUAAUUGGCCAAUUUUC